AUGGCCCACGGCCCAGGGGUCGCUAUCCAGCUGGACCCCGAGCUCAUGAACAUGCUCUUCCGCCGUAGCAGGAGGCGCCUCCGCGACAUCAGGGCGAUGUGCCACGCGGGCCUCAAGCUCGACCGGGUGCGCAACACCCUGCACGUGACCGGCACCCCCGAGGCGAUCGAGGCUGUCCGCAGCCAGCUGGCGCACCUCGGCGGGCCCGUCAAGCCGCUGCCCGCCCCGGUGUGGAUGGAGCUGAUGCGCACGCGCACGCUGACAUCGGGCCCUCAG